CUCAUUCUUACACGGAGGAUUUAUUUAAGAUUUUUUUAAAACAUAUAUAUAUAUACAUACACUUAUAUAAUUCAUGCCUGCUACUGAGACAAUCCAAUGGUCUCCUCAGUCGCAAUGGGAGAUCGCCUUUGUGUUUGCAUUCACCACUACUUUUCAACCAGAGGCGCGACAGGCUGGGUUGUAUCCCUUUCCAAAAUUUCAACCAGAGGAUCUUGAACACGCCUUAUUACAAACCGAAGAAAGUGAUUUAAUGGAUCAAAUACUUUGCUCUUUUCUGAGCAAUGCCCUGAAUCGUAAAAAAGGCGUCGAAAUAAGCGGAUGCAGCAGAACACUCCAAGAACUGAUUACAACCAAAAUUAAGGCUUUUGAAUGCGAUCUGACAGAAAAUCCUUUGCUCAAUCACAACAAUUUUCAUUCACUUGCACCAGAAGUAAAGCUCAAUUUAUUGCGUCUAUUGGUGGAAUGGCAACUCCAAGACUGUGUCAAUAUACAUUCAGUGAUUGAUACUUAUUUCAAAAAUGUUAAGAAAAACCAAACAAACCCACUCGAGUUUGUUCCUUUUGGAUAUGACAGUAAAAAGAGAGCUUAUUUUCAAUUUGGAGAUUCUGCAUGGUUGUGGCGUGAAAAGACUGGGAUCAAGAAUGGCUUCCAAUGGGAGACAGUCGCAAAGGAUAUAGAAGGACUCCAAAAUUUUUUAAGUGAAACUGAAGUCAGCAAGAAUCGUGCUGAACGAGCCCUAUUACAACGUGUACAAGAGUUGAUCCCAAUUGUAGAGGAACGUCAACGUCGACAAGAAAAGAAGGAUCGAGCUAAAGCCCGUCAAUUGGCCCUGGAGUCAGCAUUUGUACCCCGUGAACUUCGACAGAGAGAUCGUAAACGUCCUGUACGCUAUAACUACGAUGAUUUUACGGAUAAGGAUGAUUAUGAUCAGGAGGAGAACUAUGAACGUGUCCGACCCACUCGAGUUAGUAGUCGGUUAAACCCAGGCUUUUCUCAACCUGAAGAAGAAGAAGCGGAAGAAGAAGUAGAACAAACAAACAACGUAGAGGAAAAGGAAGACCAGACAAAAGUUAAUGGGGAAACAGAAAAAAACAAUGAAGAUGUUAUUAUGCUCGAUGCACCAAAUGCUAUUUUAAACGAUGUCCGGGCAGACAUGAUUGAGGUGGACUAGCUGGAUAAUUUUUAUUAUGUUUUUGUACUAUCAUCCUAUCUGAUUCUAGCUUUUGUAAAUAUUCAUAUAAAAUAAACAUCUUUUGACAAAUC